ACGCUUGGUCGGUGACCAACGGUGAAGCUAUAGCUCGAUGUCGAAAAUAAAACCUCGUGGUGGUGGCCCAUCCUCAAAGAAGCCCGGGCAGCCUACCAAUAAGCCAUCCCUGGUCGACGAUUUGCGCAAGACUAUCCAAAGUCGCUACCAAUUCACCGAUCCGAGCGAUGUUAAAGAGAAGGACAAAACGAAGGGUCGCAAUAAGAGUCACGAACCAGUGACGGAACGAGGCAAAAAGCGUGAUCGCAAUGGCACGAUCCUCACCCAACACCGCGAGGUCAAUGUCCGGCGAGACGAACCUACUCAUGGAAAAGCAGGAGAACCAGAAGGAGAUGUCUUGGAACAGGAAAUGAAGGCUCUUGGUGGAACAGCUGAAGAUCUGGAACUCUUAGCAGAUGCAGACUCUGAGUCAGAGGUUGAAGGAACCAUCCCGCAGCCGGAUCUAGAGAAGCUAGACAAGGGAAUGAGAAACAUCCUCAAAGAGAUCGCCCUCGCCCAAGGAGAAGGCCACGACGACAAGGACUCCUCAAGUGGACUUGACGGAGAUGAUGAGGUAGAUGGCCAUGCCUUGUCACCGGAGGCCCAAAGGUCACCUGUUGCCCGAGAACAGCAGGUGGACAAGGGUGGACGGGGCAAGAAAACGCUUUUUGUCUGCGAGCCGACGCCGGAUUGGUACAACAUCCCCGACCCAGAUGUCGACACAACGAGUUCUCCUCAACACACAUUAUCCAAGGAAUCUAUCGACGAACUCUACCAAUAUGCGAAGGCACUUCUUGAUGAGGACAAUCAAAAGUUCAAGGAGUCGCAACAGUCAUCAUCCGCCAAUGCCUUCUACAACACUGUCAUUUCGUCAGGAACUCUAUCGGACAAGAUAUCAGCCCUAACAUUAGCCGUACAAGAGUCUCCUAUCCAUAAUAUCAGAGCGCUCGAAACCUUGAUUGGCCUAGCUCGAAAACGGAGUCGCUCUCAAGCUGUCGAUGUGCUCCGAGCGCUCAAAGACCUUUUCGCCCAGGGUUCACUUCUUCCUGAGUCAAGAAAGCUUUACGCUUUUCAGGCCCAGCCAGCCCUUCAGUUUGUGAUUUCGAGGUCAUGGAAAAGAGGGAACAAGCUGCCCCGUGGCCUCGAGCAAAGACAUCUGGUGUCGUGGGCUUUCGAAAGCUGGCUGAAAGAGCAGUACUUUGAGGUGCUCAAGAUCCUUGAGGGAUGGUGCAACGACGAGAUUGAAUUCUCGAAAGCGCGCGCCGUCAGCUACGUGUUCGAGUUGCUUAAGGAAAGACCGGAACAAGAAUCAAACCUGCUGCGCCUCCUGAUCAAUAAGUUAGGCGAUCCUGUGAAGAAAAUUGCCUCCCAGGCUUCCUAUUCACUGAUGCAGCUCCUGCUAGCUCACCCAGCCAUGAAAAUGGUGGUUGUGUCCGCCAUUGAGUCAGACUUCAUCUUCCGGCCCGGACAGACCCUGCAUGGGAAAUACUAUGCUGUGGUUACCCUCAAUCAGACGGCAUUGAGUGCGAAGGAGGAAGAGGUAGCGACGAAGCUGCUCGACAUCUAUUUUGGACUGUUCACCGACCUCCUGAAAACUGAUAAGGGAUUCGUAAAGGACGAUGCUGACACGAACCAUGUGCAAGAUAAGGGUCGCAAGAAAAAGAACAAAAAAGGUCAGGAGCAACGAGGCCAGUCGCAGACUGAAGAACUUCGUGAGAAACUCAUCUCCGCCAUCCUCACUGGCGUCAAUCGGGCAUACCCUUAUACCAGCAACAACUCAGCUUUCUCUGACCAUCUCGGCACGCUAUUCAAAAUCACCCAUUCGGCGAACUUCAAUACAAGCAUCCAGUCCCUCCUGCUUAUCCAACAAAUCUCCCACUCUUCCCAACACAAAGCCUCAACUGACCGCUUCUACCGAGUAUUGUACGAAUCUCUUCUGGAUCAGCGCCUCAUCACAGCGUCAAAGCAGCAACUCUACCUGAAUCUGCUCCAUCGUUCUCUGAAAGCCGAUUUAAGCGCGAAACGGGUGAAGGCGUUUGUCAAACGGCUUGUGCAAGUCCUGAGCCUGCAUGAGCCACCGUUCAUCUGUGGGGCCUUUUUCCUGAUCCAGGAUCUUGAGAAGACGUUUCCUUCACUGAAGGCAUUGACUGAUGAGCCAGAGGAUCAUGACGGAGACGAUGUUGAGGUAUUUCGUGAUGUCGUGGAUGAAGACGAUGUGGACCCAGCCAAUACAACAGCCAUAAAUGGCCCUUCUCCCUCGGAUACGGAGCAUUCGCGACGGACACAUGUCUACGAUGCGCACAAACGCGCCCCAGAACACGCCAACGCCGACAACACGUGCCUGUGGGAACUUCUUCCAUUCCUCGCUCAUUUCCAUCCUUCUGUCUCCGUCAGCGCUGACCAUGUCCUGCACCACCGAACCCUCCCCGGAAAGCCCGAUCUCAACUUGCAUACGCUCUCGCAUUUCCUGGACCGCUUUGUAUACCGUAACCCGAAGCUGUCGAGCUCGGGUCUUAGGGGCAGUAGCAUCAUGCAACCUAUGGCGACAGAUAACUCACAGGCAGUACUGAUUUCAGGCACGGUGAGCGGGAAGAGGCAAAUCCCGGUAAAUAGCGAACAGUUCAGGCUGAAGAAGAGUGACGAGGUGGAUGCUGAGGAUGUUUUCUUCCAUCAAUACUUCACCAGUUUGAAGGGCAAGGCGGAAAAGAAGGAUAAACAGAAGAAGGACAAGAAGCGGCGUGACGCAGACGACGUAGAUGAGUCUGAAGCCGAUGAGGAUGAAAUUUGGAAGGCUAUGAUGCAGAGUGCGCCAGAUUUGGAGGGCGAUGAAUUCGAGGACGACGACGAUGUGGAUCUCGACCUGGCGGAUUUGGAAUCGGAUGAAGGAGACGUUGAAGACGAAGACUUGAGAGGACUAGAAAGUGAGGGCGAGGGCGGUGAAGGAGACGAUGAAGGCGUUGACAUCGACCCUGCAUUCUUUGACGAAGACGAGGACGAUCUCAUGGUGGAUGCGGCCGACGCUGAUUCUGGUGCCGACGACUCCGGGGCAGAUUUUGCGGGCUUCGACUCGGACACCGGCGCACCAGCUGCCGCGACGAGGAAGAAGGGCAAGAAGCCGGAUGAAGACGACGACGACGACCACGGCCGCAGCAAGAAACCAAAGAAGGCGGCCCGGUCGAAGCUGAAGAACCUGCCCACCUUUGCUUCCGUGGAGGAUUACGCGAAGAUGCUCGAGGACGACGAGGACGAAGAUGUCUAGAUAGACACCUCGGAUAGCGGCCUCUCAACCACAGCACCUAUGUGAUACAUUCACCUACGUAUCCUUCAUGUAAUCGGCUACUCGCUGAUCGUAAAUAGACAAGCAGAACUGGUGGAAUGGCAAUGCGCCGGCCGUCACAGUUCCCUCAACCUUCGCGUCGCCUCGCAUUGCAUUGCAUUAGCUACGGCAAAAAGAAGUUCUGUUUAGAUUUAUUAAACA